CAACUAACGUUUCACACCUCCUCUGAAGACAUCUUCUUCAUACACCAUUUCCCAGCAAACUCUUGCAAGCAAGCGACUUUGCCUCUAGAGGUCAACCGCAGAUUUCACAAAUGCAGGUUGUUCAGGGUCGUCAGAUUAGCUAUGCUACAUCGUCUCAUAGCCGGGCGCUUUCGGCGGCGCCGGCGGUCGCUCGUGGCCAUGCCGCUCGCAGCCCUCGCCAGCUGGUCGUGACAGCCAGCUUGACCCGGAGGCCCGAGGACGACGUGCUUGGAGGGAAGCUCUUGAUGAACAGCAUGGACGACGAGGCUUCCAAUGCGCUUGGUGCUGAGGCGGCUAAGCUGCACAAGCAGAGUGCCCGAACCUCUUUGCGCAUGGGUCUGCCCAGCAAGGGUCGCAUGGCGGAAGAUACCAUGGACCUCCUCAAGG